AUGUACUCGCGCAAUGCAACACCAUGGUCUAAACGGGAGGAAGAUAACCUUCUUCCCUGGUUAGAGGAGAACAGCGAACUGCCAUGGAUCGCUCGCUCUGGUGCCUAUUUGGACCAAGUUGGGGUGAAACGGUCUGUUGAAUCCUUACGAGGAAAGAAAUACCAUAUCCUACGAAAACGUCGCCAUGGUCGUGUCAGACCGUCGCGGCGGACGACAACCUCAAAGGGCCGGGGAAAAUCUCGACGUCCGAGAGCCACCAGCAACACACGAUGCAAUCUUUCAAGCAGUGAUUCUAUCAGUUGCAGAAAUGUUAGACGAUGGCUCCAUGACAUUCCUGAGGUUGCGCCAGAUGGCGUCAAGAGUCAAGAACUGCCGUCGGCCGAAGCAUCGUCAUAUGCUCAUGAAUCAUAUUCACCGAGUCGCGAUGGACGAGAGAAUCGAUCAUUUUCCAAGCUCUGGAACUAUGUGCACUGGGUCUGUGAGCAAAGACGGCUUAUUUAA